UGAAGCUAAAUCAUACACAGAAAGCCACACAGUACAUAACGCUAUGGAUUAUCCAACUUUCAUGUUGUUACUAUCCGUCUUUCUAAUAUCUAUCUAUGUGUACACCAUCUCCGGCUGUCGCAACUCUCGGCUUCCACCAGGUCCUUACCCAUUUCCGAUCAUUGGAAACCUGUUACAGCUAGGCAACAAACCCCAUCGUUCACUCGCCACACUCUCCAAAUGUUAUGGUCCGUUAAUGUCACUUAAGCUUGGAUGUAAAACAACCAUAGUCGUUUCGUCACCUGAUGUCGCUAAAGAGUUAUUUCACACAAAUGACCUCUUGUUUUCUAGUCGAUCCCUCCCCACCACUUCCCGAUUAAUGGACCACUAUAAAUACUCCAUGGCCUGGCUGCCGGUUGGAGAACAAUGGCGAAGACUGCGAAGAAUAACUAGAGAAUAUUUGUUUUCUGGACAAUGUCUAGAUGAUACCCAACAACUACACAUGGAAAAGGUGCACGAACUUCUUGACCAUGUUAGUCAAUGUUGUAUAGAUGAGAAGGCUGUGAACAUAGGUGCAAUAGCGUUUACCACAGUGGUCAACAUUUUAUCCAACUUGCUCUUCUCUAAGGAUUUAUGUCAAUAUGUUUCCACGGAAUCUCAAGAAUUUAAGGACGCGAUUUGGAGUUUGAUGGAAGUUGGUGGAAAGCCGAACAUGGCAGACUUUUUUCCAAUACUUAGACCCUUGGAUCCACAAGGUUUAACACGAAAAGGAAAGGUUUAUUUUCAAAAGUUAUAUGGUAUAUUUGACGGGAUAAUCGAUCAACGCUUGAAAGCUAGAGCUAGUUCAUCACUGAAAGCUGUAAAAACAACAAAAGGAGAUGUUUUGGAUUCGCUGCUCAAUUUAAUCCACUUAGAAGAUGAAUCUGAAUUUAGUCGAAGUGACCUAUCACAUUUGUUGCUGGAUUUGUUUGUUGCGGGUGCUGAUACAACAUCAACAACGUUCGAAUGGGCUAUGACAGAGCUCAUUCGUAACCCCAAGAAAAUGCAGACGUCUCGGUUAGAGAUCACAAAACUUAUGGAGAACAAAAAGAAGCACAUACAAGAAAAGGAUAUGUCUCAACUCCCUUACUUACAGGCUAUAACAAAAGAAACUCUCCGAUUAUAUCCUCCUGCUCCCUUUCUUGUCCCUCAUGAAGCCACAAAUGACGUUGAAGUUCGAGGAUUUGUUGUGCCUAAAAAUGCACAAAUUCUUUGUAAUGUUUGGGCGAUCGGACGAGAUCCAAAUAUUUGGUCUGACCCCGAAACAUUUAUGCCAGAGAGGUUUCUGAAAGUCGAUAUUGAUUAUAGAGGCCAAAAUUUUGAGCUCAUUCCGUUUGGUAGUGGGAGGAGAAUGUGUCCGAGAUUGAAUAUUGCUCAUAGGAUGUUACAUGUAAUGUUGGGUUCGUUGAUUCAGAAGUUUGAUUGGAAGCUUGAAGGAAAUAUGAAAGUAGAAGAUAUGAAUAUGGAAGAGAAGUUUGGGCUCACAUGUCCAAGAAAUGUACCCCUAAUGGCCGUACCAAUUAAACUUUGAUUGGUUUUCAUAUCAUAUUCCACAUGCUUAGAUAAUCUAUCUGAGAUGGGUGAUUAAUGUAUUUGACUAUUUGUGGUAAUUGAACGAUUAAAGUUAAAUA